AAUCACUCAAAAGGUGCGGAGUUAAGAGCCCAACAAACAAGAGUUGGGUCUCAGCUUUUAUAACCUUUGUCUAUGAGGCAGUUUAGCAGGUGUGUGUGACAUCAUGAUGGGAACAUAGUGUACAACAUAGUGAUAACGCCAGUUUUGUUACUGUCUAGCUGCUGCUCAAGCUAGCCUCUUAUCUCCAUACAGCUGUGCCCUUGAAAGAUACGAAAAGAACAGGAUGGACUCAAACUGGUUACUCUUGGGGAGCACGUGAUGCCGCGGAGCUGAACAGACGUUGACAACCCGAGCUCUUCAAAGUUAUCCUAUUAUUACCUAAAUAACAACGUUGAAACAAUAUUCUAACAUCGGCUGAUAAAUUGUGAAGUACUUACCUUCCCAAAGAGCCAUGGACCUCCGACCGAGAGGCAAGAAGGACGACCAAAACGUUGUUGAAUCCCAAGACAACGAUAACGCCACAGCUAGCAACUUUAGCAUUAGCCCUCAUAACUCAGACGACAGUUCCAGACUGUUGCUCUCGGCAGGCUCUCAUGCUGGCUACUCUCCUCCGGGAAAUUCAGGAUGGUAACAAAGGUCUUUCUAUGAAAAUUGACAAGAAAUCGGCUGAACUCCAUUCUUCCAUCGACGACCUGAAAUCCUCCAUGAAUGAUCUCCUUAUGAGAACGACUGAGGCCGAGAUGCGCAUUAGCACAGUUGAGGAUACCAUCGCUCGACAUGACCAGGUUCUGAUAGAACUGCAGAAGGAUAAUGCCUACCUCAAAAACAAAGUAGACCAGAUGGAGAACCAGAGCAGAGGUAGUAAUAUCCGUGUGGUGGGAUUGAAAGAGGACAGCGAGGGCCGUGACCCGGUCCGCUUCUUCACUCAAUGGAUCCCGGAUGUCCUAGGCAUAAUCAACUUCACCAAGCCGCUGGAAAUCGAACGUGCCCACAGAACAUCAGCGCCGAAACCCCGGCCAGAGGAGCCCCCACGUGCCGUUCUGGUCAGGUUCCUCCGUUUCCAAGACAGAGAAGAUACUGCAACUCGCAAGAGCCAAAGGGGACAUCACCAUCGAUGGCAAGAGGGUCAGCCUUUUCCCGGAAAUGAGUGCCGAUCUCGCCAGACGUCGCAAGCAGUUCAGACCUGCCGCCAAAGCACUGAAGGAGAAGAACAUCACCGGCUACCUCAUCCACCCUGUGCGGAUGAAAGUUCAGUACAAAGGCCGAUGCCAUAUCUUCAACACACCGGGAGAAGUGUUCACUUUUCUCAAAGAACCGAACCGCGUCUGAAAAACGGUCUCUCUGGGGGAUAAGAUCCAAUUUGUUUGUUUUCUCUUAUCUGGACUGAACUGCUGAUAUCUUCUUGGAAUUUGGAUCCGUUUACCCCGCUAUCCGGUCACUAUAAUUGAUUUGUACAUUUUCAACUAACCGUUUUUCCCCGGGAUGUGGCUCAGAUGAAGGAAUAUUCCUCCAUUCCACUUGGCAGUGUUCAAAACUACACGGUUUCUGGCAGGGGGUAUGCGAUACCAUAUCCUCAAUCCACGGGGUUGCUUUCCCUUUAGACCCGGAGGUCUGUCUACUGGCCUGUUCAGACACACUGACCUGCCUAUAGAGGACUAUGUGUGCCCUGUGCUCCGCGGCUGCACCGUCUGUGUCACAGGCCUCUCCACAGUGGAGCGUAAGGAGGUACAGAGGCUCUGCCAGCAGCACGGUGCCAGCUACACAGGACAGCUCAAGAUGAACGAGUGCACCCACCUCAUUGUCAGCAAGCCCUCUGGUCAAAAGUACGAGUAUGCACAGAAGUGGAAUGUCUUCUGUGUAUCUCUGCACUGGCUGUUUGACAGCAUCGAGAAGGGCUUCUGCCAGGAUGAGAGCCUCUAUACCUCCAUCCCCACCAGCAAGAAGAAAGAGGAGUUUCUGUUGGGGUUGAGUCAGAUUUCUGUGAACACCAGCAUGACCGUGGAUGACACGGCGAUGACCAAUGCCACGGUCAGCCGUCUGGACACUCCAGAUCCCAUUGAUGCUCUGGACAUCACAGUCUGCCCCACAGACGACCUCCUGGACGGCUGCAAGCUGUACCUGUGUGGGCUGCCAGGGAAGCGGCUGGAGAAGCUGCGUCGGCUGGUCAACAUAGCCGGGGGCCUGCUCUUAAAUCAGCCCAGCGAGGACCUCACCCACGUGGUCAUGGGAGACCAAGACGAAGACACUAAAACCUUCCUGGCCAAAGCCACACACAGGCCUCAUGUGGUGACGGUGCAGUGGCUGCUGGACAGCUUCUCCAGAGGCAGCCUGCUCCCUGAGGGGGACUACCAUCACCUGGCCUGUCUGCCUCCCGCCCCUGCAGCUAUGGCCAUGCCUGCCCCCCGCACCUCCGCCUCCCACCCCUCUUCCACCUCCUCAGCCGCCCCCCCUGCUACCCUCCGACACAGGAAGGCCAAGGAGGACAUGCUAUCUCAGUACAUGGAUGAUGACCAGAGAGUGGUGGAGAUGCCUCCUCCAGCUGACGGUAACAGCCACAGAAGGCAGAGUGCUGCAGCGCCAGAGCCUUGGGUCUCAGCCCCAGACCAGUCUACUACUGCAGACGGGGAUGGGGCCAGUGCUGACACCACCCUGCAGGAGGCCAGCGAGGCGGGCCUGUUUGCGGGAAAACGCUUCCUCCUGUUGGGCUUCGGGGCUGAGGUGGAGGCCCAGCAUUCCAUGCUGGUGACGGAGAACUGUGGGAAGGUGCUGGUGGGGCACACGCGGGUGGUGGUUGACUAUGCUGUGGUGCCCCUGUUUGGCUGUGAGGUGGAGGCCACUGUGGAUGAGGUGGUCACUGAUACCUGGCUGGCAAUGUGUGUGGAGCAGCAGUGUAUGUUAGAGCUGGGCUCCCAUGCCCUUUUCAGCCCUGUGCCAGUGAUAGAGGGCUGCUCCCCGCUCAGAGACUGUGUCCUCUCAGUCAGCCAGUUUACUGGGGCAGAGAGGGAGUCCGUGGUAGAGCUAGCCAAACACCUGGGAGCCAGUGUCCAGGACUACUUUGUACGCAUGGUCAACCAAAGGAACGGCAUGCUGGCCAGUACCCACCUAGUGCUGCAGAGCCCCGAGGGCACCAAGUACCAGGCGGCCCAGAAGUGGGGGCUGCCUGCCGUCACCCUGCGCUGGGUGCUGGAGUCUGCCAGGACGGGCCGGAGGGCAGAGGAGGGGCACUUCCUGGUGGACUUGCCUCCUUCUCCAGAGAGAGAAGAGGAGAGUUUUGUGGGGGGCCCCCAGAAGCAUUCCAUGCUCCCCCCCCUGUCCCGUAUCAAGUCCCCAGUGAUUCCCUUGCUGGGCCCCCAGAGGGGGGCGGCAGUCACCCCCCUGGACAUGGGCCGCUUCCAGAGUAAGGUGUUCCGCUCCGUGCUGGAACAAGGCCUGCCAGAGAAGGACUGUACCACCCUGAGAGGCCAGGAGGGGGGCAGGAAAGCAAGGGGGCAGAAAGACUCUCCAGCGCUGCAGUUGGACACUCCCUCCCGCUUCCUUUACCGAGACCAGCUCUUCAGACCCACCUUCAACGUCAAGGAUGCGUUAGCGGCGUUGGACACGCCAGGGGGCAGGACUCAGUACGGUCAGGCCACGACCCCGCUGUCAGAGGUCAUCGGGAGGAACCUGAAGGUGGCCCUGGCCAACAGCACCCACAGCCACACCCCUGACCUCCAGGCUCUCACAGCUAGCCCCCAGCUUUGCAAGGAGACACACAGAGAGGUGGAGGAGCAGGAGGCUGCUCCCCUGGCUGGCGUGAUGAUCUGCGUGAGUAAGAAACUGAGCAAGAAGCAGGGAGAGCUCAACGCCAUCGCUGCCUCACUAGGAGCUGACUUCAGGUGGUCGUGUGACGACACGGUGACUCACUACAUCUAUCAGGGUCGUGUGGGGGACAACACGCGAGAGUACAGGGCUGUGAAGGAGCGAGGGGUGCAUGUGGUGUCUCAGCACUGGCUGCAGGCGUGUGCUGAGGAUCAGAGGCAUGUGUCUGAGUCUCUCUACCCAUUCACCUACAACCCCAAAAUGAGCCUGAACCUCAGCCAGGUGCCUCCUGACAGUAGCCAGAGGUCUACCCCUGCCACCCAUACCUCACAACUUGGAGACCUCACUGAGGCCCAAAAGAACAAGUCUGAAGACAAUGCAGUGGAAGACGCCACUACUUCCCACCGCAUCAGUGAAGGAGAGACUGACACAGAGCAGGACCAGGACAAUACAGAGAGGAGAGACCUGUCUGAAACCCUGAAGAUGAGGGAGAACCUCCAGAGGCAACUGCAGGAGAUCAUGUCAGCCACCAAGAUGACUACUGGCCGGCUCUCCUCGGCCCGCCUCACCCGCCAGUGCUCCGGGGAGUCCGACUCUGAACCCCAUACCCCCGACAGGCAGGCCCGCAUGGGCCGCAACGCAACCGGCCGACGCGCCCUGGAGGCACUGAGGAUGUCUCGUCAGGCAGCCGUGGACCUGAACACAGAGCCACCUCAGAGCGAGCAGAUCGUGUGGGACGAUCCCACGGCCCGGGAGGAGAGAGCCAAGCUGGCUGACAACCUGCAGUGGCCCAUCAGCUCCUCCCAGCACUCUGAACCCCUAGCAGCACCCCUCUCCCACCACGCCGGACACACCCUCAGGGACUCCAUGACCGACUCUGAGCUGGUGGAAAUAGCGGUGUGUGAUGUCACUGACCAGCAGAUGGGUCAGAGAGUGAUGACCCCGCUAGUGGAGGAGCCAAAGCCUGACCUCACCCUUAAAUCCCCUAGCAUUGCAUUCCCUCUCGCCAACUCUCCCGUGCCCCCAGAGCCACAGACUGAAGAGGAGAGUGUGGCGGAGAAGAAGCCUCCUCGAUUCCAGCUGUCCUCCCUUAUCCCCCAGGAGAGGAUCGACUACACCGCCCUCAUAGACGAGCUGGGUGGUGUGGUGCUGGACAAGCAGUGCUUUGACCCCAGCUGCUCCCACAUCAUUGUGGGGACCCCUCUGAGGAAUGAGAAGUACCUGGCAGCCAUGGCCGCGGGGAAGUGGAUCCUGCACCGCUCCUACCUGGAGGCCUGUCGCUCCGUGGGACACUUCAUCCAGGAGGAUGAGUAUGAGUGGGGCAGUAGCUCCAUCCUGGAUGUGCUACCGUCCAUCAGCUCCCAGCAGAAGAGGCUGUCGUUGGCCGCCAUGCGCUGGAGAAGGAACCUGCAGUACCGCAAUGACCAGGAGGGAUCAUUCAGUGGUUGGACCGUCAUGCUGAACAUCGACCAGACCAGAGUGUCAGGGUUCAGACGACUCCUGCAGUCUGGUGGAGCAAAGGUUCUCCCCAGUCCCUCUCCAUCUCUGUACAAGGGAACCACCCACCUGUUUGCAGAGUUCAGUCGGUUGAAGCCAGGAGACUUCCGGGUGGACGUGCCAGAGGCCAUGUCCCAGGGGGUCAAAUGCCUAAAGCCAGAGUUCAUUGCAGACUACCUCAUCCAGGAGCCUAUUCCACCAAUAGAGAUGUACUAUCUGCCUGAAGCUGCCCAAUGUCUGCCAGCGGGCACAGAUGCCAUCCGCGCCACACCCUCCCACAAGCGCAAAGCAACAGGAGAUUCCUCAAAGUUGAAGAAGACUCGCCUCAAGUAAAAACAUUGUCAUUUAGAGCUUUGGUGUCAACUAGUAAAUUCCAUCAUUUUAGAAAUGCCCCUGCAAGCCAUAAUGAUAUGUCUGUAAAUAAGAUUUUUUUAUUAGCUGUAUGAAAAUAAAAUGUAUUUGACAAGU